CUUAUCAAUAUUCAUCUAGGCUUCAUGUAAGUAAUGACGAAUUGUCCGUGAAUGCAACGACUCCCGUCCAACAUGGCGGCUCAGCGUAGGAAUUUAAUGCAGAGCCAUCAGAGCUGGACAGAUGACCUGCCACUGUGCCAGAUGUGUGGGGUUGGCACAGCUCCCAAUUGUGUGUACAGUCCUGAUGGGAAAGGAACUCAGAGCCAUUCCAACGAGGAUGGACACCUCAGGUUCAGAGGCGAGGAUGGCUGCUUCCUGUAUGGGGUGUUUAACGGAUAUGAUGGCAGCAGAGUGGCCAGUUUUGCCUCCCAGUGUCUCACAGCUGAACUGCUGCUAGGACAGCUCACUUCCAAUCACACAGACAGCGACGUCCGCAGGAUCCUUACUCAGGCCUUUGAUGCGGUGGAGAAGAGCUACUUUGAGACGAUAGGCGACGCUCUGGCUGAGAAAGCCCACCUGUCCAACUACGUCCUACCGCACAACGAGAACGUGUCCUUCCACCAGCUUUCUUCUCAGAGUCAGAAGGUGCAGGAGCGUCUGAAGGAGCUGGAGCAGGAGGUGUCAGGAGGAGCUACAGCCGUGGUGGCGCUGAUCCUCAACAACAAGCUCUACAUCGCCAAUGUUGGUACCAACAGGGCACUGCUGUGUAAGUCCAGCAGCGACGGCCAGAACCAGGUUCUCCAGAUCGGACGACCGCACAGUACCGACAACGAGGACGAGCUGCAGAGACUGGCCACCCUGGGUGUGGACUCGGCUCGUGUGAGGCAGGCGGGGCAGAUAGCGGGACAGAGUAGCACCAGGAGGCUCGGAGACUACAGGGUCAAAUUCAACUACAGUGAAAUUGACCUGCUCAGUCCGGCCAAGACGAGGCCAGUCGUCGCAGAGCCAGAGAUUCAUGGCAGCCAGUCUCUGGACGGUGUGACAGGCUUCUUGUUGCUCAUGUCAGAAGGUCUAAUCAAUGCCCUUGAGUCCGCCCACGGCCCUGAACAAGCCAAUCAGGAAAUCGUUGCCAUGGUAGCAGCAGAGCUGGCCCAGCAGAACAGUCUGGAGGCAGUGGCUCAGUCGGUGGUGGAGCGCGUCAAGCGGCUGCACCACGACGUCUACGUGUCCGGCCGUCAGAGGUCGACCUACUGUUCUCGGCAUGAGGACAUGACCCUGCUCAUCCGCACGCUCAACAUGCCGCUGGCUGAUGGAGCGCUCACGCCCACACAGGGUGGUCGUAUCUACCCUGUGUCCGUGCCCUACUCCAACAGCCAGAGCACCAGUAAAACUAGCGUCACCCUCUCGCUGGUCAUGCCCUCCCAAAGUACCCUCACCAACGGAACCAACACUGCCUCCACCUUAGAGGAAGGCACCCCCACACCAGGCAGUCAGAGCCCAACGGCCACCCUCCAGUCCACCAACACCCAGACGCAGAGCUCCAGCUCCAGCUCGGGAGACGGGAGCCUGUUCCGCCAGAGAGGCAGUCAGGCGGCGCAGCCCGACGAGACGGGCCGGGUCCCGCCCUACGUGGACUUCAGUCAAUUUUACCGCCUAUGGGGGAGCGACCACAGUGAUGGUCAGAGCACCCAGGGAGGACUGGGACCCCAGUGAUGAGGAUGAGGAGGGUGCUGGGUACAUGGAUUGUGAAGGGACAGAGAUUUUAGGAGGUGGUUGUGCUGACCGAUGAAAUGCUAUUAAUGUAUUAUAACUAAAAAAUAAGUGACCUAAAGGUGCAUGGGGAACGCAUGGCGGAAGGACAAGGGUUUUUUUUAAUUCAUGGUCUUGCUAUCAAAGAACUGUGAAGCCAGUGUGGGAAGGAACGAUCCCUGAAAGAGGGAGAAAACGGUGUCAUUUCACACCACACCAAUGAUCUGUGCUCUUCCAUAAUAGAUGCUGGUCGUGACUGAUUGUGAAUAUAUGUAAUCCAGAUUGUAUCCGUUUUUUUUCUUUAUUUGUCAGCUGUAAAAACAUAUAUCUGCAAACAGGAAUCUCGUAGACCUGAGAUUUUACAGAGCUGAGAAUAAUUACAUACUGUAAGGCCUUAAAGUGGAAUGAAUGGAUGGAGUUUGAAAGUACUUUUUUUUUUUUAUUUGCAAUGAAAUAUAUUACCCAAAUGAAUGAAUAGACUCUCUGGGCGUCUCGUCAUAUUUACACUGGCUUUUUGACCGUGUCUUGAUGUCUUGAUUUUCACUAAACAAGACUUGCAGAUUGGCUCAUGUGGAUGGUGACAGGUGGUCACAUAAGAUAUUUUUUUUAAUAACACACACCCAUCCUAAAGUGUUUGUGCAGCAAAGCAUCUUUCCAGUAGUUCAUCAGAAAAAGAGGUGCUGCUCUGUACAGCUCCACUUUCAAACAAACUACAAUCAUUAAAACAGGAAGCCUGUGUAUAUUCUCAUUUGUCCAGGUCAUAGUAUCCUAAAGGAGUUUUUUAAAUCGAAAAACAACUGGACUAGGUUAUUUGUCUGGGAAGACGUUUCACCUCUCAUCCAAGAGGCUUCAUCAGUUCGUGUACGCAUCUGACCAGGCUAGAACAGGAAGCACAUUCAGUUUUAUUUCGAAAAUAAUGAAGAGCAAAACAGGAGCCUUAAGCUAAUCCUUUUCUCUUAAAAAAAUUAACCAACCCUGGUUGGUUAAUUUUGGUUAACACAAAAAUGACAGACGUGGUAUUUUAAAUCAAAAUGUAAAGAAUUAAAGUUAAAAAUCUCUGAAUAGACCUUAAAAAAAUUUUAAUUUGAUGUCAAAGUGAGAAUGGGGACCUUGUAUAAAUGAACAUCUUCCAUGAAUGAAAUCAAGAAUGAU